AUUCCCUCAAGCAAUCAUGGUUAGACUCUCUUCAAGUGAUGGGCAGGAGUUUACAGUAGUAAAGGAAAUUGCCUGUCAGUCAGUUCUUAUUAAAAACAUGCUAGAGGACCUUGGCGAUGACGAGGAUGCUGCUAUCCCUCUUCCCAACGUUGCUGGGACUGUUCUUGCAAAAGUGAUUGACUAUGCAACCCACCACAAAGAUGAUGCUCCACUAUCUCCAGAAGAUGAGAACAAAAAUAUCACGAAAUCUUCUGAAGAUAUUGAUGAGUGGGAUAAAGAGUUUAUCAAUGUCGAUCAAGGCACACUAUUUGAAAUCAUUCUUGCGGCAAAUUACUUGGAUAUGAAAGGAUUGCUGGAUUUGGGCUGCAAGACUGUUGCUAACAUGAUCAAGGGAAAAACUGUGGAGGAGAUUCGCAAGACGUUUAAUAUUGUCAAUGACUUUACUCCCGAGGAAGAAGAGCAGAUUCGCAAGGAAAAUGAGUGGUGUGAAGACCGCUAGUUGAUUCAAACCAUCCUAUGGAUGCGAAAAUAGUGUUUCGUUUCCAUUUCAACUUGGAAUAAAAAUCACUUUUGGAC